AUCAUGUAGACUCCAAAGCAGGACUCACUGGUUAGAAUCGUUUGUCAGUGCCAGUGUCCCAGUAAGGAGGAGGAGGAGGAGGAGGAGAGCAUGGCUGGGGGUCGCCGAGGACUCGUGGCCCCCCAGAAUACUUUUCUAGAGAAUAUCGUCCGGAGGUCCAACGUUUGGACAUUAUCCCAUAGACAGACAGACACAAAUUUUGUUUUGGGGAACGCCCAGAUUGUGGAUUGGCCCAUUGUCUACAGUAACGAUGGAUUCUGCAAGCUCUCAGGCUACCAUCGAGCUGAAGUCAUGCAGAAGAGCAGCACUUGCAGCUUCAUGUAUGGGGAGCUCACUGACAAGGAGACGUGUGAGAAAGUGUGCCAGACCUUUGAGAGCUAUGAAAUGAACUCCUUUGAAAUUCUCAUGUACAAGAAGAACCGUAUGCCUGUGUGGUUCUUCGUGAAAAUCGCCCCCAUCCGCAAUGAACAGGACAAAGUUGUGCUUUUCCUGUGCACGUUUAAUGACAUCACAGCGUUUAAGCAGCCAAUCGAAGAUGAUUCAUCUAAAGGGUGGGCUAAGUUUGCCCGUCUCACUCGUGCUUUGACGAGCAGCCGUGGCGUCCUUCAGCAGCUGGCUCCUACUGUUCAUAAGGGAGAGAACGUCCACAAGCACUCUCGUCUGGCUGAGGUAUUGCAGUUGGGAUCAGACAUCCUCCCCCAGUACAAACAAGAGACACCCAAGACGCCACCCCACAUUAUUCUGCAUUAUUGCACCUUUAAAACCACCUGGGACUGGGUGAUCCUCAUCCUCACCUUCUACACGGCUAUCAUGGUACCCUACAAUGUCUCCUUCAAGACCAAGCAGAACAACGUCACCUGGCUGGUGGUGGACAGCAUCGUGGACGUCAUCUUCCUCGUGGACAUUGUGCUGAAUUUCCACACGACGUUUGUGGGACCAGCUGGGGAGGUCAUAUCAGACCCGAAACUGAUCCGCAUGAACUAUGUGAAGACCUGGUUUGUUAUCGACCUGCUUUCCUGCCUGCCCUACGAUGUCAUUAAUGCUUUUGAGAACGUAGAUGAGGGCAUUAGUAGUCUCUUCAGCUCUCUGAAGGUGGUGCGACUCCUGCGCUUGGGCCGUGUGGCCCGCAAGCUGGACCACUACAUUGAGUAUGGAGCAGCAGUACUGGUGCUGCUGGUGUGUGUCUUUGGCCUGGCCGCCCACUGGCUGGCCUGCAUCUGGUACAGCAUUGGUGACUACGAGGUCAUUGACGAAGAGGCCAAUGUGGUGCGCACCGACAGCUGGCUAUAUCUGCUGGGCGAGUCAGUGGGCAAACCAUACCGCUUCAACACCAGCGGUACAGGCAAGUGGGAGGGCGGCCCCAGCAAGGACUCAGUUUACAUCACCUCGCUGUACUUCACCAUGACCAGCCUGACCAGCAUCGGGUUUGGCAACAUUGCCCCCACCACGGAUGGGGAGAAGAUUUUUGCUGUGGCCAUGAUGAUGAUUGGAUCUCUACUGUAUGCCACCAUCUUUGGAAACGUGACCACUAUCUUCCAGCAGAUGUACGCGAACACUAACCGCUACCAUGAGAUGCUGAACAGUGUGAGAGAUUUCCUGAAGCUCUACCAGGUCCCUAAAGGGCUGAGUGAGAGAGUCAUGGACUACAUUGUCUCCACUUGGUCCAUGUCCAGGGGAAUCGACACUGACAAGGUGUUGCAGAUCUGCCCGAAGGAUAUGCGAGCGGAUAUUUGUGUCCAUCUCAACAGGAAGGUAUUCAAAGAGCAUCCUGCGUUCCGCUUGGCUAGCGAUGGGUGUUUGAGGGCUCUUGCCAUGGAGUUUCAGACCAUCCACAGUGCUCCAGGAGACCUCAUCUACCACGCAGGUGAAAGUGUGGACAGUCUCUGCUUUGUGGUAUCGGGAUCCCUGGAGGUCAUUCAAGAUGAUGAGGUGGUUGCCAUAUUGGGAAAGGGUGAUGUGUUUGGCGAUGUGUUCUGGAAAGAACUGAACUUAGCGCAGGCCUGCGCCAACGUCCGAGCACUAACCUACUGUGAUCUUCAUAUCAUCAAACGUGAUGCCUUACAGAAAGUCCUGGAGUUCUACACAGCCUUCUCGAAUCACUUCUCACGCAACCUGGUGCUCACCUACAAUCUGAGGAAGAGGAUAGUCUUUCGCAAGAUCAGUGAUGUGAAGCGUGAGGAAGAGGAGAUGCGAAAAAGGAAGGAUGAAGCCCCUCUCAACCUUCCUCCAGAUCAUCCAGUGCGGCGUCUUUUCCAGCGGUUCCGUCAGCAGAAGGAGGCUCGGCUGGCAGCAGAGCGAGCUGAUCAGGGAGAAGUGGACAUAGAGAAAGGUUCUGUCCUCAUGGAGAACACUGUGGUCCAUGAAACCAAUGCUACAACCAGUAUCAUCACAGUGGCCGAGAGUCCUGCAACACCUGAUGUUGCUUCCUCCUCUGCUUCAAGGACCUCAAACCAAGCCAAACUUCAUGUUCCUGUUAGUCAUGGUGACAAGCAAACAGGAAGUAAAUCCACUGAACCAGCCAAAGCCAAAGCUUGGAGUAGGUUUAAGGAUGCCAAAGUGAAGGCAGAUCUCUCUUGGAGUGCUGUUCCCAAAGCUGAGUCCAUGGAGACUCUUCCAGACAGGACUAAGUUGCAAGAAGAGCUGUCACUGAAGAAGACAGACUCCUGUGACAGCGGCAUCACAAAGAGCGACCUACGACUGGAUAACGUUGGGGAAGGGAGCGUCCGAACCCCUCAGGAACGGAGCCCCAAUCAGGCUGAGGGGAAGCGAACUUUCUGUCCCAUUCCUGAACACAACCUGCAGGCUUCUUUGCUGGAGCUAAAGCAGGAGCUGAGAGGCGACAUCCAAUACUUGAGCAAACGCAUGGCAGUCCUGGAGGCACAACUAGCUGAGAUGCUGCAACUUCUCAAAGAAAGAAAGACUUCAGGAUGUUCACACCUGUAUGAAAUAUCACGACCUGGGACUCCAGAUUCAGACAAGGAUAACGACAUGUUCUCAUAAACAGGAGCUCAGUGAAUAAGGUGUGGCGUUGACACCGUAUCUGUGUUUUUGGAGGUAUGACGCAUGGGGGUGAGUGCU